AUGAGUUCGCCAUCAGUUAUUAGAGGAAUUGGAUCAAAGAGUCCGGAAAAUUGGAAGUCUCCUCAAGAAUUAGAAUAUCCUCCAAGAAAGUUCAAUGAUGACGACGUAUUAAUCAAAGUUCACUCAUGUGGUGUCUGUGGAUCUGAUGUUCAUGCCAGUGCAGGUAAUUGGGGACCAUAUCCUGGAGAACAUUUAGUUGUUGGUCAUGAAAUCGUAGGUAGAGUUGAAAAAGUCGGACCUAAAGUAACUGAAUUCAAAGUGGGUGAUAUCGUAGGUGUAGGUGCAGCUGCUGGUGCAUGCGGUGAGUGUGAAAACUGUAAAAGUGACAAUGAACAAUAUUGUAACAAAUUGAUUCAAACUUACAAUACUCCAAAUUGGAAAGCUGAUGGAUAUGUCACUCAAGGUGGUUAUUCUUCCCAUGUCAUUAUUGAAGAAAAUUUCGUCUUUCCAAUUCCUGAAGGAUUUCCUGAAGAUCUUGCUGGUCCCUUAAUGUGUGCUGGUUUGACUGUGUUCUCUCCAUUGUGGAGAAGUUUGAAUGGUGAUGGAAAGGGUAAAACUGUUGGUAUCAUUGGUAUUGGUGGUUUAGGUCAUUUAGCUAUCCAAUUUGCCAAAGCUUUAGGUGCCGAAGUUGUGGCCUUUUCAAGAUCUUCUAGCAAAAAGGCUGACGCUUUAAAAUUAGGAGCUGAUGAAUUCAUCGCCACUGGUGAAGAACCUGAAUGGAAUUCAAAAUACUCCAGACACUUCGACCUUUUAUUAAAUUGUGCCACUAGUUUCACCGGUAUUAAUUAUGGUGAUUUCUUCCCUUGUAUCAAAGUUGGGGGUGAUUUCAUCACUGUUGGUGCUCCAGCUGGUAACGAACUUUUAAGCUUACACUCAUUCCAAUUGAUUCAAACUGGUGCUUCAAUGAGUGGUUCUUUAGUUGGUAGUAAGAAAGAAGCUUUGAUAAUGUUAGAUUUAGCUGCCAAAAACAAAAUUUACCCUGUAGUUGAAAAAUUACCAAUUUCAGUUGAAAGUGUCCAAACUGUAUUAACAAGAGCUCAAAAGUCAGAUGUUAAAUAUAGAUUUGUUUUAACUGACAUUGAGGAAUACUUUGAUAAGAAGUAA